GGACCAUGUGCCUUGGCAACACUUGGACGGCACGAGGAUGUGCUAGAGUGGCAUGGCCGGCAGCUAAGAUCCGUGCCGCAUCGCCCGAUGUGGCUGUGAGGUGGACCACUAAAAAGGUCAGCCGGUUCAUCCACCACCCGUACCAGGAAUACAUAACGUUCUACGCCCGGCCACGGUCUGAGGCCGGGAGCGUCAGCAUACCACUCCUGAGACUGUUAGCGCUAUCGGGCGUAAGCUCAGACACCGUCGAAACACUCCAAUUAUCGCACCAUGGACAAAGAAAUCGGAACGAGCAAGCAAACCCAACCAACAAGCGAGCAGCCGCAAGCGCCGGGGAAUAUGAGAUAUCAAAACAACUCUUCCCUGCCGCAAUACUACGACUCCGAGCCUUCAAGCCAACCACCAAACUACGACAAGAAUCCGAGUGCUAGUCUAAAGCGUGCAUCAUCGCGUCCAUCGUAUCAGCCAGCAUCGCAAUCUGUAGGCGCUUCAGCAGCGACCAUAGCCGCGAUUCUCGGGCCUACUCCACCUCCUGAUAAAAAGAAAGAAAAGAGGUCGUUGCACCAGCGAUGGAAAGACUGGUGGGGGAGCUGGGGCAAUGGCCAGAAUGGCUCUAGCUAUGCAGUCGACAGUGGCAGCUCGGCGAAUUGGAACGCAUGGGGAUCGAGACUCGAUGGACGCCAGAAUGUGAGGAAAGGGCGGUGAUGAGAAGGACACGUUUAGUGAAAGAUCUCGCAAAAGAGUGCCAGGAUUGCUGGGCUAAAGAGAUAGUAAAGGGUUAGCAGGAAAAGAUUAAAGACUAAAGGAGUAGAAAAGCUUAUAUUUAUUUAUCUAAUAAAGAACGUAAAAGAAAAUCUACACUAAAGGUGUGAUCUUCUUACACUCCACGAGAUCACGUCCAUAGCCACAAUCAUCAAACAUCAACCUAGCGCUAAGCUUCCUUUCGAG